GGUGGCUAUUUUUCAUUGACUUGGUAAACGCUGGCUAUUUUUGAUUGACCAGUCCGAAAACUGGCUAUACCAUGAAAUUUUGGCAGAAAAAAGGGAAAGAAGAGAGUGAGCGCUGGUUGAGACUGCCAUUUUCCAGACAAAAAAACGAAGAUACUACAAGUUGAGUGCUUUGCUGAAAUUCCCAUUUCAUUUGCUACUUAAUACUUUCCAAAAUAAGGUUUUCACUAACUUUUUCUUUUUGCGUAUUAAGUAGUAUUUUCGUUUUAGGGAGACCAAGAUAUGUUUAUUAGAAGAAUUUGGAAUGCGAAUACUGAAACAAACCUAAACUUGAUGCGGCAAAUGAGAAGAACAUUCUCAGUUUCAAGUCAAAGUGCAGUUGAUUUGGCUUCAAAAGAUGCACAACUCAGGGUCUUCAUUGUUGCCGGCGAGGUUUCUGGGGUUGAAUACUCUGUUCCCAAUAGAGGAUAUUGCAGUAAUGGGCAUAUGGGAGUUGCUGCCAUAUCUUAAUCAAUUUAGAGUUAGGCUGAAACAAACUAUAGAAGCAGCUCUUUCUUUUAGGCCUCAUGUCGUACUCACUGUGGACUCUAAAGGAUUCUCCUUCCGUUUCUUAAAGCAUUUGAGGGCUACGUCUGCUCAGCAGGGGAUGGUUAGCCCUUUGCACUUCCAUUAUGUAUCACCGUCAUUUUGGGCUUGGAAAGGUGGUGAAGCAAGACUAAAAGGACUUCUUCAGUUUGUGGAUCAUGUGUUAUGCAUUCUUCCGUUUGAGGCAGAAGUCUGUAGAUCAAACGGCCUAGCAGCAACCUUUGUUGGUCAUCCCACCCUUGAAGAUAUUUCGGACUUCCAGUUGAAGGAUGCCACAGAAAGAAGAUACAGAAUUCAAGGAAAUGCUGAAGCAUUUCUAACUGAUCAUGGAAUAUCAUCAGGAUCCCCAGUCAUUUCCUUGCUUCCUGGAAGUAGAUUACAGGAGGUUACUCGAAUGUUCCCCAUAUUCUCAAGCACUUUGGAACAUUUGAAAGGUUCAUUUCCGGACUUGGUAACAGCAGUUCAUGUGGCACCUAAUCAACAUGUGGAAGACUACAUUGAUAAAACUGUUUGUAAGUGGCCAUCUGUUGUAUUGGUUCCUGGAGGAUCACACCAGAUUAAAUACAAUUCAUUUAGUGCAAGCAGUGUAGCACUAUGUACUUCUGGUACAGUUGCGAUGGAAGUGCAGCUUGCAAGACUGCCAUGUGUUGUUGCGUAUCGAGCCCAUCUCCUGACAGAAUUAGUUAUACGAUACAAAGCUAUUAUACCAUACAUCUCUCUUCCUAAUAUUCUUUUGGAUUCAGCUAUAAUCCCUGAAGCUCUAUUUCAAGAUUGCACUCCUUCAAAAUUUGCGUCAUUACUCAAGGAUUUAAUACUUGAUGACAACCUUCGAGAAAAACAAAUUAAUGCUGCUGAAGAGGUUAUUGAGCUGCUAAGACCUCCAAAGAUGAACAUUAGUUGCUCAACCAAGGGGGAGAUGAGCGUUCCACUUUCUGAUUGUACACCAAGUAUGGUCGCAGCAUAUGCAAUAUUGUAUUCUCGGAAUAAGCUGGAAUAAUGUGAUUCGUGAAAAUUCAAGCAGUUGCUGUGAGCAAAGUUGAGAUAAGAUGCAGCUAGAGAGUUUUGAAGAAAAUCUGUUUGGAAGUCAGCAACUGUAUAGCAGUUGGAUAAUUUCUAUUUAUUUUGUUAGUUGAUUUCCAUAUUUAGUUUCACUUGCAUAGAGCUUCAACCUAUGAGAAGCUCAAGUUAUAUCUGCAAGCUGUGUAAUGUAGUUAAUGAAAAAUUUUCCCCUCUCGUGGAAAUCGUCCUUCUUUCUCUUCCUCUCUCAGAUUAAGGAUUGUAACAGCUGUGUUGCAUUGGAUUCAUGAAGUGAGAAGUCAAAAGGAGAUCAGAAAUAUUUCUAGGAGAUUUAUCUGAAGUAUGAGCGGCUCUUUGUGGAGGGCACGAAAAGAGGUAGAGGGCGGCUUAAGAAGUAUUGAGGAGAGAUGAUCUGGCAGGAUAUGGCGAGGCUUCAUAUUUCCAAGGACACGAUACUUGAUAGGAAGAUGUGGAGGUCGAGUAUUAGAGUUCUAGGUUAGAAGUUACUUGAUUCUUGCCUUACUUCGUACCUUUGUCAGACUAGGCUGGUAGGGUUUUUGUCUAAGACAGAUAGUGGCAACGUUGUGUCUUACUAUUU